AUGUCGACGCUCAAACGCAAAGGCGAGACCCUAACAAACGGAGCCGACACCAAGAAGCCCAAGGCCAAUGGCUCCAUCGCCUCCUUCUUCAGUGCACCAAAGUCCGCCGCCGGGAAUGGCUCUGCUUCCGCCUCUCCAGCCGCAAAGUUCGACAAGCAAAAGUGGCUGGCUGGCCUGACAGCCGAGCAGAAGCAGCUCCUGAAGCUGGAGAUUGAGACGCUGCACGAGAGCUGGCUGGCGCUUCUAAAGGAUGACAUCACGAGCAAGGAGUUUUUGGAGCUCAAGAAGUUUCUGGACCGGGAGACGAACGCUGGCAGGAAAUGGUUUCCGCCAAAGGAGGAUGUAUAUUCAUGGUCGAGACACACCCCCUUCCACGACGUCAAGGUCGUCAUCGUCGGUCAGGAUCCAUACCACAACGAUAGACAAGCGCACGGCCUGGCGUUCUCGGUGCGACCUCCCACGCCUGCGCCGCCGUCCCUCAAGAACAUGUACAUUGCACUGAAGAAGGACUACCCUUCGUUUGUUCCGCCCCCCGAUCGAGGCGGUCUUCUCACUCCAUGGGCUGACCGCGGUGUGCUGAUGCUGAACACCUGCCUGACGGUGCGGGCUCAUGAGGCGAAUUCACAUUCAAACCGUGGGUGGGAGCGCUUCACGCAAAAAAUCAUUGAUCUUGUGGCUCAGAAACGUACGCGGGGAGUCGUCUUCAUGGCAUGGGGCACUCCGGCAGGCAAGAGGGUACAGAAGGUCGACAAGCAGAGGCAUUUGAUUCUGCAGAGCGUCCACCCGAGUCCGCUGAGCGCCUCCAGGGGAUUCUUCGACUGCAGUCACUUCAGGGCGGCCAACGAGUGGCUCAUCAAGCGGUACGGCGAGGAUGGUGAGAUUGACUGGGCCUUGUCGCCGGGUGCCACGACCAAGGCUGCCCCUGCGGCAGCCGCCUCUGGUGGCGCGUCUGUCGACGGCACGGAAUCGGUCAAGACGCAGGCCAAAUCGGAAGUAAAGAAGGAGGCGAAUGGAUCUGUUGCGGUUGAGAUGACCAGAACCACCGAGGCCGAGGAGGAUGUGGAUUCGGACGACGAGGCCGCACUAGAGGAAGCUCUUCGUCUGGCUGAGGCAGAGGUCGAGAAGGAAGAGUAG